GCCAAUCAUUAUUGAAUGCUGCGCCCACCUCUACCAAAUUGGCAUAUAAAUAGCGAGAGCAACCCCCUUUCUGCCCCCGACAUCGAACCAACUCCAUCUUCUUCCCCAGAAAGGAAAUCAAUGGACGUCUCAACCAUUCAUCCUGCUCCAUGGCCUGUUCUCUUCACCUCUCCCCUCCUCUUCCCCUAUCAUUUCAUCCCUGAAAACUACGUCCACUGGACAGAAACCCCUGAAUCUCACAUUUUCUCAGCUGACCUCCCCGGUGUUAGGAAAGAGGAGAUAAGAGUGGAGGUUGAAGACUCCAGGUACCUGAUAAUAAGAACUGAGGCUGCCGACGCGUCAACAGAGCCCGCCAAGAGCUUCAAGAGGAAAUUCCGGCUCCCGGGCAUGAUCGAUGUUAGCGGGAUCUCGGCUGGGUACGAAGAUGGGGUGCUGACAGUUACAGUGCCGAGGUCUUUUGUGAGGAGAGGGUUCUAUAUUGAGCCAGCUGACUUGCCUGAACGGCUGGAUGUUCUGGCAAGGGCUGCUUGAGUUGAAUCAUUGUUUGAAUACCAUUAAUGUUCUUGUUCUUGAUGUUUGGCUUUAGAAAGUUUAGGCAAUGGUGGGUGCCUUCAUUUGGGGAUUGAAAUUCUUGAUGUUCAUCCGAAGUCGCAAUAGAAUCUUUUGUUUUCCUCUC